AAUAGAUUGCUUUCCAUUUUAAAACGUGUCGGCAACUAAAUCUUUGCCUAGCAAAAAGUUCAAUUUAAAAGAAUUUGAAAGUAAAAUCUACACGAAUUUGUUUUCAAUAAUUAAACAGAAAAAGUUUUGAUUCCUUGAGCAAAAAUGUCGAGAUUCUUUCAAACAGGAUCAGACUCGGAUUCUGAGUCAACUUCGAGUGAAGAGGUUGUCCAGCGGCAACCAGUGACCAACUUUCAAUUUAGCGAUGAUGAGGAAGAAGUCAAGCGGGUUGUACGAUCUACUAAAGACAAACGUUAUGAGGAAAUGAAUAAUGUUAUAAAAAACAUCAAGAACUUUAGGAAAAUUAAAGAUAUGUCAAGUAUUUUGACUAGUUUCGAGGAUUUAACCAAGGCAUAUUCUAAAGCUUUGCCCGUUAUUAUGAAAGAAGAAGGAGGCGUAGCUCCAACAUUUAUUAUUAGAGCAUUGGUUGAGUUGGAAGACUUCAUUAACGAGGUGUGGGAGGACAAAGAAGCUAGAAAAAAUUUGUCCAAAAAUAAUGGAAAGUCCUUAGGAACAUUGCGUCAAAAAUUCAGAAAAUACGUCAAAGAUAUGGAAGAAGAAAUGAAAAAAUUCAGGGAAAAUCCUAAUGUUGGCGACGACGAAGAAGAAGAUGAAAAACCGGAAGAUGAUAAGGAAGAGGCAGUUAAUGAAGAACUCAAGAAAUUGAAAAGCGUUUCGUUUAAAAAGGAAGAAGUUGAGAAACCAAUUGUCGAAAAAGUGGACGAUACUGAAGAUUCUGAUGAUUGGGGCUCUGAUUCAGACACUGAGACAUCUUCGUCAGAUGAUGAUACACAAUACAUGUCAAUGAGAGAACGUUUUCUCAAAAAAACAACUGAAAAGGAAGAUCCCUAUGAAGUCGAAAAGAAAAAGCAGAAAAAGGUCAAAACUAAACCAAAACGUACUCGAGAGGAAGUUGAUGAAGAUGAAGAAGGUGAAUGGAAAACAGUACCAAGUCUCGGUGCUGCUCCAUCAACUGAUAAGCCCAAAAUGUUUUCCAAGGAUGCUGAAAUUGAUGCUGCACUUGUUAUUUCAAAACUCAACGAGGUUAUGGCAGCUCGUGGAAAAAAACGUACUGACCGAAAAAUGCAAAUUGAGUUUCUACAUGAGUUGAAAAACAUAUCGGAACAACAUAAUUUAGGUCCUGCAAUAGCAAUAAAAAUUCGUUUUAAUAUUGUGUCAGCCAUCUUUGACUACAAUCCAAAAGUUUCUGAACCCAUGAAACUUGAAUAUUGGAAAAAAUUAUUAGAAGUCAUUCAAGACCUUUUGAGUAUUCUCUUGACAAAUAGCGAUAUUAAGUUGUCCGAAUCCAUUACUGAAGAAAAUGAAGAGUUUGAACAAGCACCUUUGAGAGUUCGUGGUUGUAUUCUUACAGCUAUUGAACGGUUAGACGAUGAAUUUACGAAGUUUUUAAAAGAGUGUGACCCACACAGCAAUGAAUAUGUCGAAAGACUCAAAGAUGAGGUAACUGUAACAAAAAUUAUUGAACAAGUGUUACCAUAUGUGGAAAAACAUGGUGAUGACACAGAAAUUUGCCGAGUGUAUUUACGUAAAAUUGACCAUUUGUACUACAAGUUUGAUCCAAAUGUUAUUAAAAAAAAGGAAAAAAAGCUCGAGAAAGAUGUAACUACUACAGUAGAUGAAAUGGAAAAACUCUGCCGAUUUAUCUACACUAAGGAUAACACCGAUAGAAUCAGAACGAGAGCUAUUCUUUGCCAUAUAUUUCAUCAUGCAUUGCAUGAUAAUUGGUUCCAAGCUCGUGAUUUGGUUUUGAUGAGUCACCUCCAGGAGACUAUCCAGCAUUCAGAUCCUUCAACUCAAAUACUUUACAAUAGAACAAUGGCAAACUUGGGUCUUUGUGCUUUUAGAGCCGGAAAUAUCAAAGAUGCUCACCAAUGCUUAGUGGAGCUGAUGAUGACUGGGAAGCCCAAAGAGUUAUUAGCCCAAGGCUUAAUACCACAGAGACAACACGAACGUAGUUUGGAGCAAGAAAAAGUUGAAAAACAGCGUCAAAUGCCCUUCCACAUGCAUAUUAACUUGGAGUUAUUGGAAUGUGUAUAUUUGGUUUCUGCCAUGCUUUUAGAGAUACCUUACAUGGCUGCUCAUGAAUUUGAUGCCCGUCGAAGAAUGAUAAGCAAAACAUUCUAUCAACAACUGAGAUCUUCGGAAAGACAAUCACUUGUUGGCCCACCAGAGUCUAUGAGAGAGCAUGUUGUUGCAGCAGCAAAGGCAAUGCGUCAGGGAGAUUGGAAUGCCUGUGCCAACUUUAUUGUAAACAAAAAAAUGAAUGCGAAGGUAUGGGACUUAUUUUAUGAAGCAGAUCGUGUUAGGGAAAUGUUAGAAAAGUUUAUAAAAGAAGAAUCUUUGCGCACUUAUCUCUUUACUUAUUCAAACGUAUAUGCGUCCAUAAGCGUUCCGUAUUUGGCAGAGAUGUUUGAUUUGACUAAAUUGAAGGUGCACUCGUUGAUCAGUAAAAUGAUUAUAAAUGAGGAAUUGAUGGCAUCAUUGGAUGAUCCGAGUGAGACAGUGGUGAUGCAUCGUUCUGAACCCUCACGAUUACAAGCUCUCACCAUGCAACUUACUGACAAAGUAACGAAUCUGGUUGAUGCCAAUGAACGCAUAUUUGAAAUGAAACAAGGAAACUUUUUCACGCGUGGCGGUAAUCCAAAUUACAAUCGAGAUCGUCAAAACUUCAGACAACAAAACCAAAAUCAAGGUAAUUGGAAUAAUCGUCGAAAUGACAACAGACAGAGAAAUCGAAGAGAUCGUGAGGUAGCAGAAGAAAAAACAGAAUAAUUGUCAACAAUUACAAUUACAAAAUAAAACUAAUCUUUUACUGUUGGGAAGAGUAAAUCAUAAUAAAGUAUCCACAUUUAAAUAUUAGUAUAA